AUGACGCACCAAUACACAAUUCCAGAGAAUUGUCAGAUUUCUGAACCAAAUCCAUACAUGCUCACUUCCAACGACAUCUUGCAAAUGAAAAAUUCAGCUGAGCCAGCCAAUGGUAUGACAACGACGUGUGUUUCAAUCAGCCUAGCAGUGCGGUCAUUCAAAAUAGCAGACAAGAAUGAAGUAGGCGAUGCUUGCAAACGGGAAACAUGGUCCAACUAUGCUCAGGUCUGCCCGGCAAAGGACACUACCUUUCACAACUUGGGAAACAUGUCUGUCUCUUGGAGAAACAACACUUACAUGUUUACAUUCGAGAAUGAAGGCACUUUGACUGAAAAGGUCUCUCACUUUUUGGCCUUGCAUCCUGAAGGCUGUGUGCUUCUGUUCGAGGCUGACAAAGAUGAUAUUGAUGGACAAUGUUCCUCAUGGGAACCUGCUCCACGAAUCAAGGUUGUCAGCCGGCUGCUUUUCUAUGUGCCAACAGCGUCAAGAGAGAAAACCAACCAUUCUGUGGUGGCAGUGGAGGAUGGGACAGGACCAAGUGGAUCGGAAGGCCCCAAAGAACGUAGUGGAAGGUUCCGCAAACAUUUCGCAAAGUCUGCUACUGAAGCUGUGCUUAUCUGCGCAUUCAAGUCGGAUCUAGUAGCCCUAAAGGUUGCACAGGAGCAAUGCACGCACUUGGUGUACAUGGAUGUUGAGUAUAAUGAUCAAGGUCAACUGUCUGUAAAGAACCGUACAUCAUUUGAAGACUUCCUUUUGUCUAAGUCGACCAUGAGGCAGCUGCUUUUUGUAGGCCUGCCUCCAGUUUUGAUUGAUAGUCUUAACACGGAGGACAAAAUUAAUUCAUUUGUUGCACAUGGGACAGCAUUCCUCGAUGACAAUGCACUUGAUGGCAUUAUGCUAUUCACUUCUGCAUCCACAGAGCCUGCAAUGCUGCAGCAAGUGGCACAAGCUACAGUGAAACAGUUCAGGGAGCACAGCCGUCCUCCGCACCUCUUGCUCCUCGCUGUACAUGUUGGGAUUGCCGUAGACUUCGAGCGCCUUAGGAAGGUUUCGGACAUCCUGGUUUUGUUAGCACACACGUACGAGCCUCCAAAGGACUGCACAGUCGAGUACCCCUCUGAGACUACGUCAACUGAAAAAAUGUUUCAGCUUCUGGAAAAAUUGUUGGCAGGGGCCAAAGAAAAGCAUACAUUAGCAGCCUGUAUGUCAAUCAACUUGGCUGUGCGAUACUUUGAACUAGAGCCUGGGAAUGAAGCGCCAGGCAGCAAGUGCAAAUUGGAACGCUGGGAGAAUUAUGCUCAGACCUGCCCAAACUUGAAAAUUUACACUCAGAGAGGCAGCCAAAAUGUUGCUGCAUACCGAAAAAAUGGUUCUAGUUUUCUGACGUUUGAAGAUGAAGAAACGGUUUCAAUAAAGGUGCUUCGCUACUUGCAUGGCAACCCAGCACCCUGCAUAGUUGCUUUCCGAGUGGAUGCUGAAGACUCGUGUGGAGCAUGUGCAGCACGUGAAAAGGCUUCACGGCUCAUGGCAAUUUCAAGGCUUCUCUCUCCUUCUGCUGAAACAUAG